GGCGCGGGCGCCCGGUGCCUGUUAGACGAAGCUUGUUAGACGCGCCUGAUUCGCGCACUGCUGGCCGAACAAGCGCCAACGCAACUAACGGUACGCCAAAAAAGACGCACGGAGCUGCCCGCUGUCAUCACACCAUCAGAGACAAUGCUGCUCACCCCAGACCGCCGGCUGCCCCGCGGCGACCUCGACAGCCCCUUCGCCAUGGACAUUCUUGGUGAGAAGGGCGAGUGGCGCGGGUUGUCGGCGUCGCCGGCGGCGCGCUACCGCGCGUCGUCGCCGAUAUUCUCGCCCCUCGAGUCGCCGGCGCCGCCAAGGUCGCCGCCGCCGCCGUCGCCACCCAUGCCGACGCUCCGUCAGACGGCGGGACGCGCACCGCCGCCACCACCGGUGCCCGACGACGCCGAACAAAAACGCCGCCGCCUGACGAUGAACGCCAUCGCGCGGGCCGCGCGGCGCCGCGACGGCGCGCGCGUCGUGGGCAACGCGAUGCGGCGCCUCUCGGGGAAGCAGCGGGACGCGGCCUUCCGCCGCUGGCACGUGUUAUCAAAGGACGAGAGGUGCGAGGAGCAGGAGGAGCGCAGCGACAAGGUCAACACGCUGCUGCAGGCCGUGCGCCAGCUCGAGGGCCGCCUGUCAAAUGCGCUCGCGGCGCAGCAAGACGUGAAUAAGGCGGGCGCGGCGCGGCUCGCGUCGAUCUUUCGGAAUAGAGAAAGGCGCGCCGUGCGCCACGCGUGGUUGAGUUUGAGAGCUACUAUGUACGUCGCGGUCGACGUGGCCGCGUAUAAAGCGAUGGAGAAGGAGCGGCGCGAGGCCGAGGCGGCGCGCAUCGCCGCGGUGCGCAACGCCGCGGAGCACCAGAUCGCACUCGACGCCGCGGACGCGGCGCGCGCGGCCGCCGAGCGCAACAACGCAAAUAUCGUCGAGGACGCGCGGGCCCAGCUCGACGCCGCCGAGGCGCUGCGCAGCAAUCUAUCAGACGGCCUGGAGGCGGCUCACAAAGAAUUGGAGGAGGCGCGGGCCGAGACCGGGGCGGCGAACGACGCGGCCGAGGACGCGACGGCCAUCGCUGUGGAAAGAGCCGAGCGCAUCCACGAGCUCGAGCGGUCGCUGGCGGAAGCGGUUGCCUUGCAGGUGGCGCGGGCGGAGCUCGAGGAGAGGUUGGCAAGGGAGCGCGACGGCGCGCUCGGAGAUUUGGACGCCGCGAAGCGCGACCACGACGAGGCCCUGGCGCGGGAACGGCGACGCCAGGACGCCGUGCGGUGCGCCCACGACGACGAGCUUUCGGAACUACAGAGCGCCGCCGCGGCCCGCGAGCGGAAGGACACAUUGUAUCGUAUGAAGAUGGUCUCGAGCGCCCGGCGCAGCGGCGCGUCCUUCUGCUUCAUGGUGCUGCGGCGGUGGCGGAAAGGGCGGGUGACCCAAGCCUGGCGCUCGUGGGCGGACGCGACGGCGCGCCGCCGCGUCGCGCGCGCGAAGGCGGAGCGAUUUAUAAGACGCCUCGAGCACAAGCGCGCGGCGAAGGCCUGGUCUUUAUGGGAAGCCGAGGCCCGCGACCGCGCAGAGAAGCGGCGGCGCGCCUUGGAGACGCUCCUCAACCGCCGGGCAUCAAACGUGCUCGGCCAGUGGCGGCGGUCCGCGGCGGAACGGCGGCGCCAAAACAUGGCCCUGGAGGCGCUCGUCAAGCGCCGGGCGUCAAACGUUUUGGGCCAGUGGCGGCGCCGCGCCACAGAAAAGAGGCGGCAGAGCAUCGCCCUCGAGGCGCUCGCGAAGAAGCGCGCUUCCAAUAUCGUGGCGCGCUGGCGGCAGCACGCAUCAAUGAAAGCGCGGACGAAUAGUGCGGCGCGGCGGCUCGCGCGGUGCCUGCGCGGGUGGCUCCACCGCGGGACGUACCGCGCUUUCGGAAAGUGGCGACGGGCCGUGAUCCACGAGGGCGUGCUCGAAUAUGUGGGGCGGGCGCAGAGCGCCGGGCAGCCCGACGUGCGGCGCCUCUCGAGCGCCGUGUCGAACGUCGACGGUUUUACGUUGGUUGAGGGCGAGGCGACGCCGCUGACGUUCAAGGGGCGGCCGAUGCUGCGCGUCACGGCGCUUUUCGAAGGCCAAGGAGGCGGGCAGCGGCCGCGACCCUCGGCCGGCCGGCCGCUCGAUACCGUCGCGAACCUGGCGCGGACGUCUCGGCGGACGCCCAAGGCGACGCGGACGCCGCGGGCGCGGGCGGCCAACGUACGGAGGACCCUCACCGCCGGGGCCGACUUCGCCGUCCCGCCCGUGCGCCAGAGCUACAAGCAGACGUGGGGGGACUGAUUAAGAUCUAUGGCAGCCCUA